AUGGCUGGCCAUGUCGAGACUGAAAACUUACUGAGGCACCCACAAGAGCUCCGAGACUUCAUCUACACCUUCGCCAUAGAAUCACACUGGAUCCCCUCACCUCCCCCUCCCACCACCAGACCACCGCAAACACCUCCCCUACUACGCCGCAGAACACCACAAAUAAGCAGCUUCGCGCAGGUCUCCAAGACUUUAUUGGCCCAAAACCGCAAGCAAAGCGGUCUCCAAGCAGACCUCAACAUUACCAUAAAAAAUCACGCUCCCACCCCAAUCUGGACAUACCUCAGCUACACCCUUCAUCCCCACGACAGCCUCGACACUCUGCACGUCAAUCUUCACAUCCACAGCUCGGAAUCCUUCGUCCGCGACGAGAGCUGGCCCCGACCACCCAGUCAAAUCUUCCACGACCUGAUCGAUCUCCUAAGCCGCUUUGUCUUCCUAGAUACCAAGCUGAUCCUUUUUCAUAAUGACCACACACCAGACACAUGGCCAUGCACAACACAUGAGAUUUUCCGGAACUUCAAGACGCUUUCGAUGCUGAAUACUGCCUACCGAUACCUAGGAGCAGUACGCGCGAGUGCCGCGAAUAGCCGUGGUGGCGAGGAGAUACAUCGUACUGCGGAGUGGGAACUCAGGCCUGGAGGGCAGUCACGCUACCCCGGUGGAAGUCGGUUUCGAGAGGCGGGUUGGGCUGUAAUGAGUUUCCGAUUUGUGGAGUCUUGGAUGGGUUGUUACGAGGAGUGUCAAUCUGCGGAGAUCGAAGGGGUCUGA